AUGUUUAUAAACUCUGUGAACCCAAUGUUCUUUUGCUUACCUUAUUUGUAUUAAAUUCAGAUGCCUCAGAUCUUUGUAAAGGAGGAAGUUUCUGAGUUCGAGAAAGAACAAACAGUCUCAAAUAUUCAAGAACAAACAAACGCAAGUGGAAUAAUAAGAGGGAAAGGAUAGUUAUGGACUAAUGAUGAGGUUAAUAACUUAGUUAAAUACUAUAAAUAAUAUAAUGGUGAUUGGAAGAAGAUAAUAAAACACUUGAAAGGUAGAAACAUUUCUUAGUGUUCACAGAAAUAUAGGAAAUUAUAGGAUUAAGAAAAAAGAACAAAAAGGAAAUGGUCGAUUUAAGAGGAUAAAUUAUUACUAGAAUACUAUGAAGAAUAUGGGAGACAGUGGAUUAAGAUAGCUGAAAGUAAAAAAAACUUAAAUACUAAAUAUAGAACUACCUGGAAGAACAUCUAAAUAAGUAAGAGAUAGAUAUGUAAAUUAAAUAAACCCAACUAUAAACCAUGAAUAGUGGAAUGAAGAAGAGGAUAAGACAAUUAUGAAAGAAUUUAAAUUAAAUGGACCACAUUGGGCAUAGAUAGCUAAAUUAUUAAACAACAGAUCUGUAAUUCUGAAAUUCUUAAAUUUUAGGAAAAUUAAGUCAAAAAUCGAUUUUAUUAUACAAUACUUAAAAAGUAUAAUGGAGAGCUCCAUCCUUAUUUGAAGAUAUAAAAUUGAUUCUCUUUAUUUUUAUUCUAUUUUAGU